CUCCCAGCUUCACACCACCACCUUUCCUGCUAAUUUUGAGUCUUCUCGGUGUCUACACCUUUAUCUGGAAAAUGUCCUCGGACGUAGGAUCCUCGCCACCGCCUGUUUUCGACGCAAUGUCAGAACCUCCAAAUAGUACUGCUCCGUCGAGCCCACCCGCCGACAACGUUGUAGGCCUCGACCAGGAAGAGGGUAAUUCCUCGCCGCUGUUUGGAUUAGACGAUGAUGUGGAAAAGCGUUAUGCGCGGCUAAAUUGUGUAUUGGAGAAAUCGAAGACCUACUCGAAUAUACUGAAGGAAGCCAUGGAAAGUCAACGCGCACAGCGUGCUCAGGCGUCAAAUCAGGACACGAUUUCAUCCCCUAAACCAACCCCCAAAUCCAAAGGCACGAGAUCAAGGAAAACAAGGAAACGUGUUAUUGUAGAAGAUAGCGAUGAGGAAGAAGGCGAACAUGUUGCGAAGCGCUCAAAAGCGUCGCACCAGGUUUCAGAAGCUCCUCCCACCGCUGAAGGAACAACAAUAUUCACUCAACCUGAUUCGAUUACUGGUGCUACACUGAAGGAUUACCAGCUGGAAGGAUUGCAGUGGAUGGUAUCCUUACACCAAAGUGGAGUCUCUGGUAUACUAGCUGACGAAAUGGGACUUGGAAAGACUCUCCAAACCAUAGCGUUUACAGCCUAUCUCCGCGAAAUAAACCCUCAUCCCGACCCCAUUCUCAUCGUAUGCCCGUUGAGUGUACUCCACAGCUGGAACGAAGAGUACAGAAAAUUCGCUCCUAGCAUCCCUGUGUUGAUGUAUCAUGGGACUCCCGAAGAGCGUGCUGAGUCUCGCAAAACCCGUAUGAGACGUCUACCUCCGAAACACAGACCAGUCAAAGACCAAAUACCACCGUCCGCAGUCACAAGAACUAAAGGUAAAGGUAAAGGUCAGACCUCACGCAAACAGGGAGGAAAUCGCCGAACUGGGCGAGGUAAGGGCAAGAGAAAAGGAAGAGAGUUCGAAGAAGAAUCGAUAGUUGAUGAAGAAGACGAGAAAGCGGUUCUAGAAGCAUACAGGAACUUUCCCAUUGUGGUCACUACGUAUGAAAUGAUCAUUCGGGAUCGUGCUCAUCUAGCGGAUCAUAAUUGGGGAUACAUCGUUGUGGACGAGGGACAUCGGCUCAAGAACCUUGAUUGUAGAUUGAUGCAAGAGAUUAAGAAGUAUCAGUCCGCUUGCCGGAUGAUCUUGACAGGCACUCCGUUGCAUAACAAUCUUGCUGAACUAUGGGCCUUGAUGAACUUUGUACUUCCCGACAUCUUCGACGAUCUCAAUUCAUUUCAGGACUGGUUCAAUCUCCCUGAAAUGCGCUUGACAUUGGGCACCAAACGAACCGACGAACUCGUCUAUUCUCUCCAUGCGAUUUUGAAACCCUUCAUUCUUCGACGUCUCAAAGCUGACGUUGAAUCGAACCUCCCUCCAAAGAAGGAGUACGUUUUGUAUGCUCCUCUUAGUGUUGCUCAGCGAGAUGCGUAUGAUAAGGUGCUUGAUGGGACGCUUCGUUCUUACCUGAUGAAGGGGGCUCAGGAAAAGGCCUCUGCACCUCCCGAGGAAAAGAUGGCAGUCGACAACGAUGCACCUCGAAGGUUGAGGAAACGAAAUAUUUCACAAGCGAAACGAGCCUAUGCAGUUGACGGGGACGAUGAUGAAUACUUUGAGAAGUUGGCAAAGGGGGAGCUGGACUCAGUAGUUGACAGGAGCCUUGACACAAAGUCCGAGUCGUAUCAGCAACAGGUUGUUCGCAAGAAAGUCAACAACAUGAAAUUGCAAAACACCGUGAUGCAGCUCCGCAAAGUAUGCUCACACCCGUUCCUUUUCGACUGGCCUGUCGAUGCAAAGUCCAGUCAACCCAUUUUGAACGAUGAGCUCGUCGCAGCCAGUGGGAAAAUGAUGGUGCUAGACCGGCUGUUGAGCGAAUUGUUCCGUCGGAAACACAAGGUUUUGCUGUUUAGUCAAUUUACUACGAUGCUUGAUAUCAUAGAGGACUGGGCUGUCGAACUGAAGGGCUGGAGAAUAUGCCGUAUAGAUGGUUCGACGUCAGUUAUAGACCGUAGGAAUCAGAUGGACGAGUUCCAGAAUGGCGGCGACAAUCCCGAUGCUCCUCAGCUAUUCUUGUUGAGCACAAGAGCUGGUGGUCUAGGCAUUACUCUGACUGCGGCAGAUACUGUUGUGUUCUACGACCAGGAUUGGAACCCUCAAAUGGACGCCCAAGCACAAGACCGAGCCCACCGAAUCGGUCAAACCAAACCCGUCUUGAUCUUCCGACUCGUGAGCGCACACACUAUCGAGACGAAAAUCAUGCAACGAGCGACAGAGAAACGACAAUUAGAAGCCCUCGUCAUCGCCAAGGGUAAAUUCAAAAUGCCUACUGCCGCUCCCACGCGGGGCAAAGAAACGAUGGCGGAGAUGGCUGCGGCGUUACUUCGACUCGAGGGCGAAAAGAUUGAUGUCGUACCCAACACGUCGGAGGGGAAAGCGAAUGUGAUUAGCAACCAGGACUUGGAUAUGUUGUUGGAUCGGAGUCCUGAGGUGUUCGUUGACAGAGUCAAAGGGUGGACGUCGGCUGUCAGUGGAGAAAUUGUUAAUGACGACUCUGAGGCGGGUCCGAAGGCUGCGUUUGCGGUCUAUGAAGCUCCUACGGACCAAGGCAACGAUGCGUUAGCGAGGAUGUUGGGCGAGAGUGAUGAUGAUUGAAGAUGUACGGCUGUCAUACAUGACAUCCUGGCGGGGGUUACUUGGAGAGUCUGGUUUUGAUAUUACACGUAAUCUACUAGUAGUAUUCCAUAGUCCAUACACUGUACAGCAGUCGACUCCAUAGGAGAGGCUAGUUUUCGGAAGAUGAUACGUAGGGCGGCAGUGUACAGAGUUCAGAGCGAGUUGACAUAAGAAUUAGGAGACCUAUGUUAAAACCUCGCAACACAGGCUCCGGGAG